CGCGGGCACUGGGUCAGACAUUGGAUCGUCUGGCUGGACAGCGGGCACUGGGUCACCAGGCAUCAGGUCAUUUGGCUUGACAGCGGGCACCGCGUCAUCUGGCAAGGCAGUGGGCUCCGAGUCAACAGGCACGACAGUGAGCACCGGGUCAUCAGGUACCGGAUUGUCUGGCUCGACAGCGGCGGCACCGCGUCAUCUGGCAAGGCAGUGGGCUCCGAGUCAACUGGUAUGACCGUGGGCACUGGGUCAGACAUUGGAUCGUCUGGCUGGACAGCGGGCACUGGGUCACCAGGCAUCAGGUCAUUUGGCUUGACAGCGGGCACCGCGUCAUCUGGCAAGGCAGUGGGCUCCGAGUCAACAGGCACGACCGUGAGCACCGGGUCAUCAGGUACCGGAUUGUCUGGCUCGACAGCGGGCAUCGGGUCACCAGGCAUCAGGUCAUUUGGCUCGACAGCGGGCACCGGAUCAGGUACCGGAUCAUCUGGAUCAACAGCGGGCAUCGAGUCAACUGGCCUAAUAGGAUCGUCAGGCUGGAUCAGUUCAUCAUGCUGGGUAGAGGCAUCAGGCCGAGUAGAGGCUUCAGGCCGAGUAGAGGCAUCAGGCCGAGUAGAGGCUUCA